AUGAGUCUGCUGUCAGUGAACCAAUCUGGUAGUCAUUUACGAUUCCAACUGGGGAGAACCUUUGAUUUGGCCAGCGUGGACUCUUGCAGCCUCAUCCUGGCUCUCCCCAGGGGUCUGGCUGUACUGACAAAAGGGUUCAAGGGCGUGCCCGCCUCCGGGCGGAAUCGCGGCGCCCAGAGCAGUGGAGGUCGGCGUACGGCAGAGGGCGCAGAGGAACUGCUCCGUCUGCCCGGAGCCCAGGCUCCCCGGCCCUGGAGCACCCUCCUCCCACCCGGCCGCCUCCGCGCCCCACCGCCGAAUCGCUGGCUCAGCCUCCGAGCGAGUGUGGGCACUGUCAGGAAGCACCGUCCCAGGCCACCCCGCAGCUAUCAUCUGCCCCCUUAUCCGGCCGCAGCCCAUUUUCCGGUCAACCUAGUCCCUGGUCUACAGGCAGUCCCGGACGCGCCACACCCUCCACAGGCCAUCCCUCUCCUCCCGCAGUUCCUUCCUUUCCAGCUCCUUCCCAAGUGCUCAGUCAGGGACAUCUGCUCUGCCACGGUUGCACCUUCAGGGAGGAAUAUUUUUAACACUGUGAUGCCACAAAAGGAAACUUCUGAAGGCUGGAUGAAAAUGGCCUCUGCAUUCACAGUGCCUCAGGGCCCAGAUGCCCAGAGCCUGUGGGACAAGGAAGAAGGAGAAUCCAGGGACAAGAAAGAAAGAGUGUAUUGGAGUAGCGCUCUCUCCUGGAGGUGGUGGUGACCGAAUGUGAGGCCUCUCUCAGAGGGGGCUACAUCUCCAGGGAAUCUUGGAGAGAGGAAUUCCCAAGCCAGAGGCCACGUGUGACCCGCAGAUGUUUUUGAUUUUGGUCAACAUCAUGGUAACCUCAAGAGUUUUGUAAGAAAAAAAAAAAAAGAAGAUUUUACAUAAAAAUUUAGAUUUCUGGCUUAUUUUAGAAAAUGGAAGAACUGAAAAGUACUGGCCGCACAUGCCUACUAAGAACUGGUUGAGUUAAGUGUUAUCGCCCCCUUUAAAAGAAACCUUUGUUCGCUGGUUUGCUGCAGGCCCUACCAGUCCUUAUUGCUCCCUGUCAUUAUCUCUGGCCUCCUCCUUCCAGUUAUGCCACUGCCUGGCUCCUGUAGCAUCUGAGCUUGUGACCUUUGACUUCAUCCAAAGAAAUUACACAGUAAUAGGAGCACAGAGAACCAUGACGGCAAUAUUUCUGGGCAGAGGAGCAUCUCCUUGUUCUUAACAUCAUUCCAUUUGGGAGCCACCCUUCCUGGGAGAAGUGAAUGCUGCUACACAGCCUUGUGUGGAGCAUGUAGACUGCCAAAGGAUUUGGAAAAAAGUUCAUAAAGAUCUGCCAGCUCCCUGCCCCCACAGCCUGCCCCCUCCAGCAUCAGUAGUUGACCAUUUCAUCCUCAUCACUAGUGAGUUCAGACCCUGAUUGCUCAUUCUCUGUGACCCAGGAUAGAGUCACCUUUGUGCCUGAGCCCAGCCUGAUCUUGCAGCCGGUCCCGUUAUUAGGGCCCUUUGCUCUGUACCAGCUGAUCACAGAGUCUGGGGCUGCCCCUCACCUGAGUGCCUGCCUUGGCUUCCUACCAGCCCUGCAUUGCUCUGGGGACUAAGUUCUGCCCUGCCUUCCUAGGCAAGGUCCCUAGAACACCCGCUGCUGCCACCAGAGUCCUUGAGCUGCAGGAAUUUCUUCCUUCUUCCACCUCUGCCUUUCCCAGAGGCUGACCUGCCCUAACCCCUUAGGAUAGGCCUUAUCCUGUUGUGUGCCCAGCCCUGUGCAUGAUGCUGCCAACACAGGUAAAAUUUGUCCAGGGAGUGGGGUUUAGGUGGGAUUUUGGCUCCCACUGGCCAUCUUUGUGCAGCUUUUGUGCACAACUGCACAAUGACUCUGAAUAGGUUCCCUGGCUCCUGAGCCCAGCCAUUGCUGUUUGGCCUCAUCCUCCCACUGAUCUGGCUUCCUUUCUGAUACCUAUCCUCCAGUUCCUCAGCAUUUCCUCUCCCUCCUUGUCUCACAUCUAAGCCUGGAGAAAAAAGUGAUUAAUAUAAUAAUAAUUUACAUAUUGAGAUUUUGUCCGAGGCCGUGUACUAAGUGCUGCGCAUGUAUUAUCAUAUUGGAUUCUUACAACCACCAUGCCAUCCCCAUUUGCUGGCUGAGAAAACUGAGGCACAGAGAGACUGAGGAAUUUCUUCAAGGCCCAGCAAAAAUGGGUGACAAAACCAGGAUUCAAACCUACGUCUGUCUGUUGCCACAGCUUACGCUUUUAACCACUCAACUCUGUUUCCAAAUCAAAGAAAGCUAGAAGGGAGGGAGGCUCAGAGAAACCAAUAACUUGCCUAAGAUCACACAGUUCAGUGGUGGAACUCGAAUUCAAACUCAGGUAGGUAUUCUGUCACCAAGUCCAGAGUCCCUUCACCUGUUGCUGGUACUCUUAGGCUGCCUCUUUCACUGUUCUGUUUGCUUCUCAGCUCCUGGUGUAUGAUGGGGCACAGGAGGUGCUCAGGAAACCCUUGCAAACCAAAGGACUUACCUCGCCUGACUUGAUGUGCCUUGUUGGAGCUGUUCUCUCAUGGACUCCGAAUUGCUUUGAUAUCAGCCAGGAUGGCCUUGCCCACGGACAUGUUUGCUCUUAGCUCAGACCUGGAGGGCCUGGAAUUCCACCAUAGAAUGUAGUUUUCCUAGAAGGGGGACAGAAGACUAUAAGGAAUUGAAUUUAAAGUCCUAAUAUUUCAGGAUCCAUGAGUUUUUCCAAAAGUUUUCUAAGAGAAUGUGGGGAGUAUGAGAAAGUAAAGUUCUGAUUGAGAGUAGGUUGGGAGAGGACAGUGGGACAAAUCUGGCACAGCAGGGUAUGAAGACAAAUUCUACUUAAAGUGGUUUUCCAGAAAUCAGAGCCUCUUGAUCCUCCUUCCUUGAACUCUGUAUCUCUGGGUUUGACCUUGUCUUUGGGCCCUACAGUCCCCCGGUCCAGGUCCUUUUUCCCAGCUGGGGAGGUUAGCUCAGAUACCCCUGGGGAGAACUUGGGGACAGGCAGGGCCCUAGUAUAGAGUCAGCAGAAAUGCCAGCUUCACAAAGCAAAGCUUCACACCUGUCCCCUUCCAGCAGUCCUAUGCCUGGCCAUCGCCCCUGGAAAUAGUCCUGCCAAGCAACUUGGCAUGUUAGUAGCUCUAAUGGACAGUAAACUUUGUGCAAGCUUGUAAGAGCUUUGGAUUCCCAGGCUCCCUGGUGAAAACAGGUUUCUUAGAGGCCCAUAUCAGACUUAGUUUCUGGCAGCAUGGUUGGGAUUAAGGACUUUCCAGAACCUUCACUCAAUUCAAUUUAAAUGAGCAAGGAUUUACUUAGCCUCUCUGAGUGCCAGCACAGUUUCUGGAGACCAGUGUAGGAGAUUCCACUAACUCUUCUAUUCCAAUCCUUUUUUACAUCUGCUAGUAGCUCAAUUUUUUUCCUUCUUUUUUUUAACUUUUCUUUCUUUUUUUUUUUUUUAAAUUUUUACAGUUUGUAUUUAUUUAUUUUGAGAAAGAGAGAGAGAGAGAGAGAGAGAGCAAGAGUGUGCAGGCAGGGGAAGGGCAGAGAGGGGUCGGGGGGAGAGAGAGAAUCCCAAGCAAGCUCUGUGCUGUCAGUCCAAUCCCAUGAACCCAGAGAUCAUGACCUGAACCAAAACCAAGAGUCAGAUGCUUAAUCGAUGGAGCCACCCAGGUGCCCUAGUAGCUGAAUUUUCUUAAAGCCAGCAUUUCAUGUUUCAAGGCUUUGGAGUAAGACAGACAUGGGUUUAAAUUCCUCUGCCACUCACUAACUGCAUGACACCCACCAACACUGAGCUUUAGUUUCUCCAUCUGUAAAACAUCAAGCUCAUAGGGCUGUACAUGAGAAUUAAAUGAGAUUGUGCAUGAGCUUAGACCAGGGCCCAUCACCCGGAAGGCCGUGAUCAGUCAAUGGUAGCAACCAAACCAAUAAGCAAAUAAAACUAUAAAGCCUCCCUGCUCUUAUCAAACAUCCCUUUGCUCAGACACCUCCCAUAAUUUUCUACCACACAUAGGACAAAGUCCUACCUUCUUUACCUGGCACUCAAGGCCUUCCACAUAGAGCCACAUUUCAAGUGCUUACUAACUGCAUGUGGCUUAUGGCUGCCAUGCUGGACAGCACAGAAUAGAACAUCUGAUGGUUGCAGAAUGUCUACUGGGAAGCCCUGU